AUGGGCAGCGUUGGCAAAAAGAAGGGUAAACGUAAAUCUCUUUUGAACCUUAGGGGCGCCUUGAAGGGCCUUUUAACAGCUCAAAACAGCAACAACUCAAGUGUCGAGCCACCUGUUUUGUCGACAACAAACCUGGAAGAGGAUUUGUCUGACACCUCCAAACAGACUGAGACGAGUGAAUUUUCCUCAAAUCCACAGCACCUACAGCCACAAGAUAAGCAUGGAAUCGUCUACAUAAUGUCCAAAGAAGCCCAGCUGAUCCCAAAACUUACAGAUGAACAGGUUCUAGAGCGGCAUAAACGUGCCGAUGAAAACAUGAAGCGUGCCUGGUCACGUCUCAUCCAGAAAUACGAGUCUAUAGGCGACGAGGGCGAUGUUUUGGACUUGAAUACUGGCGAAAUCAUAGAGGAUAACGGCCACAUUAGAGGUUUGAGCACUUUUGAUGCCACAGUCAAUAGCGCUAACGACAACUACGUGAGCGUCCUGAGUGAUCUGCUAGAGAUCGACAAAGCUACCGGAAACGUCUGGCAAGAAGACGAAGAAGAAGAAGAGGAGGGUGAUUUUGAGAAGGAGGAUGGGAGCUCGAGUGAAAGCGAUGGCGCCAAUGAUCAUGAUGAGUUUGCAGAAGUGGGUCAGGAUCUUUAG